GUGGAGUAUGGACCUGAAAAUAUCGCAACCAAUACCAUACCUACGAAAAACGGCAUCUACCGCUGUCAACCCACGUUUCUCAGCACAAAAUGUUUCUGCUUGGUUGCACAAAUUUUAAACCCACACUCCAUUGCCUUCAGGUUGCAGAAACCCCUUUAAGGAACCUUCGCCAAUUCACCAAAUCUCCAACCAAACCAAGUAUCAUGGCCGUGAAAGGAGGAGCCCAUCAAGACUACAAUCAUUUGGAUGAGCUGAAAAAAUUCGAUGAUUCUAAAAUGGGAGUUAAGGGCUUGGUUGACUCUGGUCUCACCUCCAUCCCCCGCAUGUUCGUCCACCCAACCGAAACACUUUCCGAUCUCAAAUCCGUUGCAAGAUCCGCAUCACAAGUCAUCCCCAUCAUUGACCUUUCAGGCGUUGAUUCCGACAUGAGGCCGGCAAUCGUGGAGCAGGUUUCGCAUGCCUGUCGGAAGCUUGGGUUUUUUCAGAUCGUGAAUCAUGGGUUGCCGUUGGAAGUUUUGAACCGGACGAUUGCUGCAGUUAAGGCGUUUCAUGAGCUGCCGACGGAGGUUAAGAAUCAGUGGUAUCGGAGAGAGACAAGUACCGGAGUAGCCUUCUUUUCCAACGUUGACAUGUAUAAAGCUAAAGCUGCGAGCUGGAGGGAUACACUUCAGGUGAGGUUGGGUCCCGUCCCAUCAGUGGUUGACGACAUCCCUGAGAUAUGUAGGAAUGAGAUACUCGAGUGGAGUCGACAAGCUUCACAGCUUGCAGAGAUCUUGAUGGAGUUGCUCUGUGAAGGGCUGGGAUUGAAUGCUGGAAAGUUGAAGGAGAUGACAUUUUUGGAAUCCAAGGGACUCGUGGGUCACUACUAUCCACACUGCCCUCAGCCUGAUCUCACCUUUGGAAUUACAUCGCAUACAGAUCCUGGGAUUUUGACACUACUGCUUCAGGACCAAAUUGGAGGCUUGCAGGUUAAGCAUGGUGAGGAAUGGGUUGAAGUUAAACCUAUCCCUGGAGCUCUCGUUAUUAACAUUGGAGAUAUUCUUCAGAUUCUGUCCAAUGAUGAAUACAAAAGUGUAGAUCAUAGAGUGUUGGCUAAUCCUUCACCCGAUCCACGAGUUUCCAUUGCUAUUUUCUUCACUGCUGGUAAGAGAGACGGCUUGUACGGACCCUUUCCAGAGCUAGUGUCACCGGAAAAACCAGCCCUUUACCGGCAGUUUGUGCUCAAUGAUUACAUAACAAGGUUCUUCACAAAAGAUUUAGCAGACAAGACUUUGACAAAUUACUAUAGGAUUUAACUGAAGAAGAAAAUAAGAUUUAAAAAAAGUGGUAGUUUUGUGUUUAUGUUUCGUAAACAGACUGUACUACAAAGAUUAAUGGACUUCAUUAAGCUUUUCUUAUGCACGUAAUUUGAAUACCAAAUAGGCACUAGCGCAGUUUCAUGA